AAGACCCUUGAAUUAAUUGACAACUGCUGGCGCUGAUAAUAAUGUCGGACCAAGAGAGCGUUGCCGUAACACCUCCGGCUUCAAACUCUGUCUCAGAGCAUGACCCAACAAUGGAGGCUCCGGCCAACGAGCAGCUAGAAGCGACCUCCAACAAGCGAAGCCAGGUCAAAUUUAGCAUUUGGCCGCCUACCCAGCGCACCCGAGACGCCGUGGUGAACCGCCUCAUUGAGACCCUUUCCGCCCCUUCCGUCCUCUCCAACCGCUAUGGUACCUUGCCCUCCGAAGAGGCCUCCUCCGCCGCCCGCCUCAUCGAAGAGGAGGCCUUCUCCUCCGCCGCUAGCUCUGCUGCCUCCGAGGAUGAUGGCAUUCAGAUUCUUCAGGUCUACUCCAAGGAGGUCAGUAAACGAAUGCUCGAUGUCGUCAAGGCCAGGGCCGCCGCCUCCACUGGUUUCGCCCCCGCCGAUGGUGCUUCGCAGGCCGAAACUGGGGGUGUUGUUGAUUCCAAUGUUGAGAAUGAGGAGGCAUCUUCUUGAUCUGUCUUUCUAGGGAUUCUUAGCUUUUAUAUUACAAUUGAAUGGUGAUACAUUUAGGCUUUCUGCUUUGUUUAGAACUUUUGUACCGAGAUCUAUCUUGUACCCGCUUAUGGAUUUCUGAUUAUGCCUAUAUGACGGAACCUUAUAUUUUCUA